AUGAUGCACCCGUCGAGGCAAGCGCGUGUCGAUGACGAGCCCAUGUCGGGCAUCGCGCUCGAAGAUCUUCCCGACGACCACGACUAUAACCUGCCGACAAAUAUUGCUGGCGCGUCGUCUGAAAAGGCGUCGGCCAUUCUCGGCCAGCUCAAUCGCAAACGUCUCGCAGCUACAAUAGCCGUCCCUACCGACGAUGGACGCGUGCGUGCCAAGCUCCGUGAGAUGGGCGAGCCCAUCACCCUAUUCGGAGAGGGUCCGGGCGAUCGAAGAGACAGACUGCGCGAGCUCAUGACGAUACAGGUCGAGCAGGCAGGCGGCGAGGCCGCCGACGUGACCAUGGAGGACGCAGAAGAAGAGGAAGACGAGGCGGACGAGGAAUUCUACUCCCGUGGAGGUCAGGCGCUUCUCGAGGCGCGUAUCAACAUUGCCAAAUAUUCCCUGCCGCGGGCCAAGCAACGAACAGCCUUUCAACGUCUCGAAUCCAAGAUUCCCCUGCGUACGCAUGUCAAGUUCCGCAAGCAGAUAAAGGAGCGACUGGGUGCAUUUGAGCUACAAGGAAGCCAGAUUGUCGGCGAGCGUAACAUUAGCAUGACGAGAAUAUCGCCCAAUUGCGAGCUUGUUGCUGUCGGAAAUUGGGGCGGACAGGUGAAGCUCCUCGGACUACAAAGUCUCGACGAGAAGAUGGCCUACCGAGGGCAUACAAAUAAGAUUAGUGGAAUAUCCUGGUUCCCUGGAGCUACACUACCAGAGUCUAAUGUGUCGGCCGACUCUGUGAACCUCGCGUCGGGCGGCGCAGAGGGCCUGAUCAACCUCUGGUCCCUGAACAAGGACACCCCGCUCGCCACGCUACAAGGCCACACACAGCGUGUAUGUCGAGUCGAGUUCCAUCCGUCAGGGCGUUAUCUCGCAUCAGCCUCGGAAGAUACUUCCUGGCGACUCUGGGAUGUCGAAACAAGCAAGGAGCUCCUGCUGCAAGAGGGCCACUCCAGGGGUGUCUACGCUGUCAGCUUCAACAAUGACGGGUCUCUAAUAGCCAGCGCGGGACUAGACAGCAUCGGAAGAAUAUGGGAUGUGCGGUCAGGGAGGACUGUCAUGAUUCUGGAUGGCCAUUUAGACGGACACAUUAAGCCCAUUUAUGCGCUGGAUUGGAGCGCAGACGGACACAGAGUGUUGACGGGAUCUGCUGACGGCUGGAUCAAGUGCUGGGAUCUGCGUAAAGUGCAAAGGACGGGAGGUUUUGGAGCCCACAGCAGCGCCGUCUCGGACGUGCGCUGGUUCAAGGGUAUGGACGAUCCCUUGGAUGCCAUUCCGCCGCCGCUGGAUGAAAAGGGCGUGCAGAUACCCAAGAAGACGGGCACGUUUGUCGUGUCGGCGGGCUUUGAUCGCAAUGUCAAAAUAUUCUCUGCCGACGAUUGGAGUUUGAUCCAGACUCUGAGCGGCCAUACCGGCCCAGUCACUUCCGCCGACUAUAGCCGAGACGGUAGAUGGAUUGUAAGUGGUGGUCAUGAUCGCACUGUCAAGCUGUGGGGGCGAAACGACGGGGAGGCUGCGUAA